GCAAAAACUCCUCAGCAAGUCUUGUAGCUUCACGUUACGGAGGUGAUCAAAGUAGAGGGCAGGAUGUCAGAGCUGAGCGAUGAAGCUAGUGAGUCGGAGCUGCUGAGCCGCAGUCUUUCCAUGUGGCAUGGGGUUGGCCAAAUGAUCUGUUGGGAAGAACUGGAUGUCCCCCUGGACUUGCACACAGCAUCCUCUGUCGGCCAGUGUGAAGUGGUGCAGGAGUGUAUUCAGCGUGGAGAUCUGGAUCUGAAUAAAAGGAAUUGUGGUGGUUGGACUCCACUGAUGUAUGCCUCCUAUAUUGGCCAUGACAACAUUGUGCACCUGCUGCUGGAAGCAGGAGUGAAUGUGAACAUCCCAACACCAGAAGGGCAGACACCGCUUAUGCUUGCCUCCAGCUGUGGAAAUGAAAGUGUUGCUUACUUUCUUCUACAGCAAGGUGCAGAGCUGGAGAUGAAGGAUAUACAUGGCUGGACUGCUUUAUUUCACUGUACCAGCGCUGGACAUCAGCAGAUGGUCAAGUUCUUACUGGACAAUGGGGCAAAUGCCAACUGCAAGGAGCCAGUGUAUGGAUAUACACCUCUGAUGGAAGCAGCUGCUUCUGGCCAUGAGAUAAUUGUUCAGUACCUUCUCAAUCAUGGAGUGAAGACAGAUGUAAGAGAUAACACUGGAGCCACAGCACGAACACUGGCCAUGAAGUAUGGACAUACAAAGAUUGUGGGGUUGAUAGAUUUGCACGCAGCCCCAGUGCCCAAGGUCUUCUGUAGGGGUCCAGGAAAAUAUGAAGAGCUGAGUUCCUCAGAUGAAUCGUGCUCUGCUCCCCAGAGACAGAGACCUGUUCGUCGGACCAAGGGUCCCAGCAUCCAUGAUGGGCCCCAGGCUUUGGCUAAGAUAACAGCAGUAGGAAUUGGGGGAAAGAAGCAGUCUCACUAUGAGCAGGUCCCUCCUCAGGGCUAUGUCACCUUCAAUGAUGAUGGCAGCUGUGAAGCAGAGAAUAUCCGGAACAGGGAUGUUACCUCUCCAAUUAAUGAGCAGGAUGUGGAGAGCAGCAGCAGCAGGGAGGAUAAUGUUUUCCUUGUCAACAACUUAGCAGCCAUCAGGAGCAGCAGCAGCAGCAGUGAAUGCCUGACCAAAGCCCUGGGAGUCAGCAGUGAAGGCUCAUUGGAAAGCAAUGAGGACUCUGACCAUGCAAACAGUCCCCCUAGUCGGAAACAAGCCAAGAGCUUUAAGAUCAAGAACCGCUACAGCAACAGUGAUAGCCAGUGGACCCACUGCCCAGGGAAAGCUGGGAGCUCUAGUCAGCACCUACUCCUUCCUGAGCCCCCUUCCUACACAGGGCCCCAGGACCUGGCAACGUUCCUUGAACAGAUCGGGUGCCUGAAGUAUCUGCAAGUGUUUGAGGAGCAAGAUGUUGACCUUCGGAUCUUCCUGACACUCACAGAGAGUGACCUCAAAGAAAUAGGCAUCACUCUGUUUGGCCCAAAAAGGAAGAUGACUUCUGCCAUUGCGCGGUGGCACAGCAAUGCUCGGCCGCCCAGUGAUGCCCUGGAGCUGGCCUACGCGGACCGGCUGGAGGCAGAGAUGCAGGAACUGGCCAUUCAGCUGCACAAGAGGUGUGAAGAGGUGGAGGUGAUGAAGGGCCAGGUGUGCCAGGAACAGAAGCUGCGUGCAGUGGCUGAGAGCUGUUUGAUGGAGCGGGAUGAGACCUGGAAUGCCAUCCAGUGCCAGCUCAGAGAGGCUCAGGCCAUCACCAAGGAUGCUGGAGUUCUGCUGAAUCAAAUCAAAUGCUGUCAAGCAGAGCUGUCCUCCCGGCUAACCCAGGAGCAGGCAGUGGGCAGAGUGCUGGACACAGAGGUGCAGCUGGGAACUGGUGAAAGCAGGCAGCCUGUGCUGGAAGGAUGGCCACCUUCCCUGAAGUCUCUGAGCUUGCCUGAGCUGUCAGCUGUCCUAGAGGAGUGUGUGGGAGAAAUGGGAAAAGCUCUGCAGACUGUGACUGAAAACCUCCAAAGGCUCCAACCCCCAGGGCAGAGUGGGCAAAGCUGGCUCAAUCCGUAAUAAAGCAGGAGGGAAUACUGACGUCGGGUGACUGUUCCACCCGGAAGCUGAGUGUGCCUGGGAGAGUGAGCGCAAGGACCAUGCUGGCAGCACUGCAGCUCUCCUGGGAGGGCCAAAGCAGCUGGUGGAUGCGUGGAAGAAGGUCGCAGCUGCAAGAGAACAUGCCUGGGAGGAGGAGCGUCAGCAGGAGACAACAACCCAGCAGCUCUUUGGACCUGACUGUUGUCUGCGUUCCCAGGAUCAUGGUUGCUCAUACCAAAAGGUUAAGUUAUGAGGAGAAGCACUGAGUCCAGAAGUUUUAUCUGCCUUAAGCUUCCUGCAGUCCUUAUCAUUCAGGACUGUGUAGUGGCAGAAAGCUGAGAGUUACCCACAGCAAUCUAAUUAACUAUCCUUUUCUGCAUCCCAUGCUCCCCAGGGCCUCUGACACUUGCUGUGCCUCCUUUUAUGCCAUGUGGAUUGGCACAGAUAAUGCAUCAUGGCACAGGCCCAGAAAGUGUAUUUAAGGCAAUAAGGAAGGCAGGUUUGUUGGAGGUGGGUGAAGUGAGCAGUCUGCAAACCUCAAGCAGCAGGCUGUAGCUGGAAUAUCUGUUCCACUGCCAUCCCAGCUGCGUACUUCAAAACCUCUCUAUCCAGCCAGCUCACCCUGGUUCGGUUCAGAUUCUGGCCCUCCUUGGGUUGUUUGUGAUCAUGUUAUUCAGUCCCAAGGAACUCAUUUUUGUGGUAAGUGCUUUAUGGCAGAGAUUCUGCCUGUCUGGUUUGUCAGUGCCAAGAUCCCAACACUGACAGUGGUUUCAAGGCAGAUGUUCCCCUGAAAGUACAUGAGAGAGAACAGAGUUUGAGACUGCUCAGUCUCCUGCUCCUCUGGCAAGCAGCAGAGUGCCAGAGCAGGCAGGAUGGGAACUAAGGGAUAGAUAUAUCCCACAUGGGAGAUGAGCAAAAGAAAUCAUCCCAGGUGCAGUGGUGGUGCAAAGCUUUGUUCCCCAACCACUGCCUGUGUUUGGUUUCCAGGCUUUAGUUUUUGGAAAUAGCUCUGCCAAGGCAUUCUUGUGCUGCUGUGGGUGAUCUCAGGACAGGAAAAUUUCACCCUGAAGAGCUAGUUUUGGUGAGGUAGAGCCAGUUCUGCUAAGGCAGCAUCUUUGAAGGCUACUCAGAGCAUUGAGGCUGUACUGGGAAAGGUAUCUUGGGCUUUAUCCUCUGUUCCCCCUUGCUGGAGGAAUGGUGGAGAGUGCCAAGGCACUUACUGCCCUCUCCCUGAAUCUUGGUGCUCUGUCUGGCUGCACUAGCACAUGGUUGUCAGUGCUGUGUCCCUUAGAAGCCCAGAUUUGAAUUUAAGGCAAGAUGUCUAUGUGGAAAGGGGAAAAGUUUUCAUGGAAGCAAAAGAAAUUUCAACCCAAACCCCACAAAUCCAAGUGGAUAGGUCUGGGAGCAUCUGGAGAGUAGGGGAAGCCCUGGCUCAGCAAUGCAUUCAGAGCUGAUUGGAAAAGAGGGUGGCUGGAAGGAGAAACUGCACAGACUUGGCUUUGAAAAGGGCAACACAAACAUCUCUUUGGGCUGGCUUUGCUUGGUCAUAGGGUGGAAGAAAAGGGGUUUGGGAGGGUUAAGGGAAUACAUCCAAUAGAUAGUAAUGUUUGGGGGCCUGGGAAAAAGGGUGGGUGAGAUGCAGCUGUGUAUGUGUGAAGGAAAAGGAGAGCCCUACAAAAAGGUGCUGCAGGAGCUCAGCUGUAAAGGCUUAAAGGGGUGUUAGAAUAGCCUAAGGGGAUUUUAUAGAACAGUGGCUCCUUGAGGAGAGGGAGUCCCUUCACUGGGGCACUUCACACAGCAUGCAGAGCUGAAGUGAGGGCUGUGCAGGCAGUGGGGGUCCGGUGCUGUCCGAGUGAAAUCCUGUUUGCUGACCUGGAUGAAAUAAUAAAAUAUGGAAACCU